UUGCUACCGUUGGAGUCCGGCUGCAGGCUGCAGCGGCAGUGGUAGGAGAGGGAUUGGCACGGGGCACCGCCGCAGAACGACACGGCAGCGGCAGCGGCAGCGGCAGCCGGCACCACCGCACUAGCUGGCUGGAUCCCUGCCAGCCUCUCUGUCCAGCGCCCGUCCACGACUGAUGGGGUGGAUGACGCGCAGGCCAAGGGAAGCAGCCACGGCACUCACACUCCCCAGUCGCCAACUGCCCACCCACUCACACUCCACACUCUUCUUCCUUCUCCAGCAGACAGCAUCCUCUUCUGUUCUCCUUCCCUGACCUCCCUACCGUUGCCACCCCGGCGCACGUGUCUCUAAAUCGAGUCUCCCACCUCACCAACUCUCACUCUCUCUCCUCUCGUAUUACCUCCCCUCCCCUCCCCAAUCCUCUGCUCGACUGCUUGCUUCUUGGGUCGGGAAUCGGGAUCCCAUGCUCGGCUGCUGAUGUAUACUAGGCCCCAUGCCAGUGCCUCCGCCGCCCGCGCCCGCCAUGGCAAGAGCCGCGCUCUCGCUCGCAUUGCUCAUCCUCCUCCUCAUGCGCGGUGAGGAGCUCGCCACGGCUCUGCGAUUCGACUACGCCACGCUCACCCUCGGCAGCCUCAAGCUGCUGGGCGACGCGCACCUCAAGAACGGCACCAUCCGCCUCUCCCGCGACCUCCCCGUCCCUACCUCCGGCGCCGGCCGCGCGCUCUACGCCUACGCCGUCCCGCUCCGCGCCGGAUUCUCCACCCAGUUCGCCUUCACCGUCACCACGCUCAACCCCUCCUCCGUCGGCGGGGGGCUCGCCUUCGUCGUCGCCGCCGACGACGCCGCCCUCGGCGAGGCCGGGCCCUACAUCGGCGUCUCCACCGGGACCGACGCAGCCGCCGUCGAGUUCGACACGCUCAUGGACGUGCAGUUCGGGGACGUCAACGGGAACCACGUGGGUCUGGAUCUUGGGUCCAUGGUGUCCGCGGCCGUGGCGGACCUCGACGAGGCGGGCGUCGAGCUCACCAGCGGGAGGACCGUCAACGCGUGGAUCGACUACAAGGCGGGGACCAUGGAGGUGUUCGUGUCCUACGCGGCGAAGCGGCCGCGGGCGCCGGUGCUUUCCGUGCCUUUGGACCUUGGGGAUGAUGUCAAGGACGCAGCUUUCGUCGGCUUCUCGGCGUCCACCCAGGGGAGCACGGAGGUUCACGCCAUCGAGUGGUGGAGCUUCUCGACCGCGUCGCCGGCGCCUGUGCCCGUGCCGGAAUCGCCCGCUUCCACGGUUGCCCCCCCUCCGGCGAGCGUCAAUCCGGUGCUUCCUUCGCCGCUGCUCCCGGGAGUGACGCCGUCGCCGCCAGCCGUGACGGUUUUGGCGCCUACUAGCUCGAUCACCGCGGCGAGCGCUCCGGCGAAUGCAGCUGCGGGGCAUGCCGGCUCGCCGCACCCGCCCAAGCACGCGGCCGUGGCCGGCGCCGCGACGGCGGGCGCCUUCGUGGCCGUGUCGUUCGCGGGCUUCGCGUUCUGGGCGCUCGCGCGCCGCGCGAGGGCCAGGAAGCGCACGGCAUUGACGGUGGCCAAGAAGCGCGACAGCCUCGCGUCCGCAGCGGCGCUCGCGCGGUCGCCGCGGGAGUUCAGCUAUAAGGAGCUGAGCGCCGCGACGCGCGGCUUCGACGCGUCCCGCGUCAUCGGCAACGGCGCAUUCGGCAUCGUGUACAAGGGCAUCAUCCCCGACACCGGCGCCAUGGUCGCCGUGAAGCGCUGCACCAACGCCAACGCCAACGCCAACGGAGAGCAGGCGCGCUCUGAGUUCCAGUCCGAGCUCUCGAUCAUCGCCGGCCUCCGCCACCGCAACCUCCUCCGCCUCCAGGGGUGGUGCUACGAGAAAGGCGAGAUCUUGCUGGUCUACGACUACAUGCGCAACGGCAGCCUCGACCGGGCGCUGUUCGACGCCUCGUCCCAUGUGCUCCCGUGGCACCACCGCCGCGAGAUCCUCGCCGGCGUGGCCUCCGCGCUGGCCUACCUCCACCACGAGUGCGAGCGCCGCGUCAUCCACCGGGACGUCAAGUCCAGCAACGUCAUGCUCGACGAGGCGUACCGCGCGCGCCUCGGGGAUUUCGGCCUCGCGCGCCAGGCGGAGCACGGCGAGUCCCCCGACGCGACCGCCGCUGCCGGCACGAUGGGUUACCUGGCGCCGGAGUACCUACUCACCGGGCGCGCCACCGAGGGCACCGACGUGUUCAGCUUCGGCGCGCUGGUGCUGGAGGUGGCGUGCGGGCGGCGGCCCAUCGGCACGGAGGGCCGGUGCAACAACCUCGUGGAGUGGGUGUGGAGCCUGCACGGCGAGGGCCGCGUGCUGGAUGCCGUCGACCCGCGGUUGGGCGGCGAGUACGACGAGGGCGAGAUGCGGCGCGCACUGCUGGUGGGGCUGGCGUGCUCCAGCCCUGAGCCGGCGCUGCGGCCGGGGAUGCGCGCCGUGGUGCAGAUGCUGAGCGGCGAGGCGGACCCGCCGUUCGUGCCGGCGGUGCGGCCGUCCAUGAGCUUCAACGCCAACCAUCAGCUGCUGCUGAGCCUGCAGGACAGCGUGUCGGACUACAACGCGCUGGUGCUGAACCUGUCGGACUUGUCGUCCGACUCGCUGAGCUCGUCGUCGCUGACGAGCACACUGCGGAGGGGCGGGCACGACAUCGGGUUCAGCAGCACCGGCGGCGACGCCAGGUGACUGAAGCAUAAAUCCUGGCAUAUCCUAGCUACAGUCCUUCCUUCCACUUGUCGAUCUUGAAUGCGAAAUUCACCAUGUAUGUAUGAGUACAUAGAUUAGCAGCAUUGGACUCCGAAGUCCAAAUCAACAAAGUCUCCAUUUGUAAUAUUUGUCUUGAUAAGAAUUCAGAAUUCAGAUUAUUCAUUCGUUCA